AUGCGCAUCUCCUCAGCGCUUCUAUCAGCAGCGCUACUGCCCCUGGCAGUACGCGCCGCCUUCCACUCCAACGACACUGCGUGCACCCGUCACUAUACAGUCCAGGCAGACGACACAUGUGACAAGAUCGGUCAAAAGACCCUCACUUCCACCUACCAGAUCCUCGCCUUCAACCUUCUCAAUGCUGGCGCAGAUUGCUACACUCUCGAGAUCGGCUCACGGCUCUGCCUCGGCCGCUAUGGCAACGAUUGUCAAUUCGUUCACCAGUGCACAAAUCAGGACACGUGCGAAAGUAUCGCAAAUGCGUACCGCAUCACGACAGAGCGUCUGCAGAGCAACAAUCCAAGUCUCGACUGCAACACCGUCUAUGAAGGCUUGAUGCUUUGUGUCAGUGCUGGAAGCAUCAGGCCGCCCGCAGAUCAAAGUAUCAACGCGACCGAUGUCAAGGUGGCCAGAGAACAGGCGAGGCAGAACUGGUUGAUGCAGGAGCGCAUCAAGAUGCCCGAUGCCGACAACAAAAAGGAGGGCAAGGACAAGCAUCACCACGCUCAUACAACGAGCAAGCAACAAACAUCACACAAGAAACAGCAUCACCACGCUCAUACAACGAGCAAGCAACAGACAUCACACAAGAAACAGCAUCACCACGCUCAUACAACGAGCAAGCAACAGACAUCACACAAGGAACAGCAUCAGCAGCAUCACCAUGCGCAGAAGCACUCGCAUCGUUCCGGUAAAGGCAGCAAAGACGGCAAGAAAAGCCAGAAGCCCGAUGCAAAGCAGCACAUCGUUCGACCAGGCUCGCAAAACCCUUCUACUCUCGUUGCCCAAGAUUCAUCACCGCCUGCUGUGCAGGGCCAAAUAGAAAAGCCGGGUCAUAGCCAUCAGCACCAAGCACAUGCAAGACCAGCGCAGGAUCAAGCGGCGCCACCACAACAGCGCGUGCAAGCUUCACAACCAUCCGCAGCGCACACAGAUGAGCUUGAGCACAACUUCAUCGAUGGCAUCUUGCCCGCUGCGGUCACCGGCUCAAAUCAUACCCCACCACCAGCACAGCAACCACAGCGACGUCAUCGUUCGCUCUCAUCUUGUUCUCAUUCGCAUCGGCGUUCACAUAUCCUUUAA